CAUCUCUUAAUUGAUUGGUCCAAGCUCUUUUUCAAAUUGUUUUGCAUUUUUUCGUUUUGGAAAAUUCAUGUUAUGUAUAAAACAUAUAUAUGUAAAACAUUUAGGAUGCUCACAGCAACAGCUAGAUUUGUGCAUGGAAAUUAGAGGACUGUGAUGUAUAAAUUUUUUUUCCAAGAGUUACACUGUGUCUAAAGUUCUAAAUCAAGUUGUGAAAAGUGCUUCUUGGUGUAGAUGUUUCUUCGGUGGAGAAGAUUCAGUCCAUAUUGGUUUUCAAAGAUUGCAUUUUUGAUAGCUAUUUUUGGAUUCCCUCUUGUAUAUACAGUAAGUGUAUACAAUGAGCAUAUUAACGCUUUUUUUCCAUUUGUCAGUGCGUUUGGAGUUUUCUCUCCAGAAAAAUAUUGGUUUUGUAUAAUGAUUAUAUGUUACGCAAUAUUAAACACAGCAGGAAAUUGGUUAUGGUUCAUUAUGGCCAAAAGUAAAAUAUCGAAUAUAACUCAAUCAUCGAUUCCUCAGGCAAUUAACUCAACUAUUAGGAUACUAAUGACUAUAUCUGGAUUGUGCUUAAUCGGUCUAUCUAUUUAUGAUAUGGAAGAAUAUAACGGGUCACAUUAUUUGAUGACUGUCUGUCACUUUGGAUGUCAUGUUCUUUCGAUUUCUUUGGGAGGCUGUUUAAUGGCUAAAUACUUUGAAAAUUCCUAUUGGUUCUGUUGUGUUCGAUUUCUUAUUGUGCUAACGAUGAUCACCGGUGCGAUAGCAUUUGUUUAUUUCAACUUUAUCGGGCUUCCAUUGUUGGAUACUUACAAUAUUUAUCGUAUGGAACCAACUGAUGGGGGUUACUGGGAAUUCAUUUAUUGUGCCAUGGCUGAGUGGGUUCUGGUUAGUGGAUGUGUACUGUUCACUGCAGUCAUUGCACUAGAGACGAAUAAGUACGGUAAUACUAUGGUAAGAACAACUACCAAAGAUCCACUUACAGUUCAACUCUUGAAGCAUGUAUGA